CCUUACCGGAGAGCAAACGGAGUUUUGUUGAAGACACGAUGCUCACUCUCUCCCCGGUGUCGAAUCUUUCAUCUUUCACCGGAAAAUCCCUUCGCUCUUCUUCGUCUUCCUCUUCUUCUUCUUCUUCUCUCUCUGUAUUAUUCUCUUUCUUCCCUAGGGUUUCUAGAUUCGUCAGAUCAAGCUCCGGAAUACCAGAUUCCGACCGGGUUCGUCGGCCGGAAAUCAGCCCGAGGGCCAGUAACGCCGGCGUGAAAUUUCAGGAGACUGUCGAUGUUGCAACGGGAAAGAUUCGGCUUGACUCGUGGAUCUCGUCUCGCGUUCAUGGCGUGAGCCGAGCUCGUGUGCAGUCGAGCAUUCGAUUGGGGCUCGUUUGCGUCAAUGGCCGUGUCGUGGAUAAGGUUUCGCACAACGUGAAAGCUGGUGAUAUGGUCAGUUGUACAAUAUCAGAGCUACAGCCUUUGAAGGCUGAGCCUGAAGACAUGCCUUUGGAUAUAGUUUACGAGGACAAUCAUGUUCUUGUAGUUAACAAGCCUGCUCACAUGGUGGUUCAUCCGGCACCCGGUAAUCCGAAUGGCACGCUUGUUAAUGGCAUUCUUCACCAUUGCAGUCUUCCCAUAGUUGCUUAUUCAGACACCGAAGUCGAUCCCGAUGAAGAGGAUUUCUCAGAGGAUGAAGAGACUAUGUCUUCUAGUGCAUACUCUGCGUCUGUUCGUCCCGGAAUUGUUCAUAGGUUGGACAAAGGGACGAGUGGAUUGCUUGUUGUUGCUAAGGAUGAACAUUCCCAUGCCCAUCUAGCUGAACAGUUCAAACAACACACUAUUGAAAGAGUAUAUGUAAGCCUUACUUGUGGGGUUCCUUCUCCAUCCCAUGGACGAAUCGUUAUACCGAUUGGUCGUGAUUUGAAUAAUCGGAUCCGUAUGGCUGCUAUCCCUGGAUUGUCAAACCGUGGAAGGGCUCGUCAUGCUGCUAGUAGGUAUAAGGUGAUUGAAAUUCUUGCUGGCGGUGGUUCUGCAUUGGUAGAGUGGAGGCUGGAAACCGGCCGCACCCAUCAGAUACGAGCACAUGCAAAGUAUGUGGGAGUUCCUCUGUUAGGUGACGAAGUCUAUGGAGCAACAAAGAGCAUGGCCCUCUCCCUUCUUCAGAAAAGAGCCUCCCGUAACGAUCAUGGACAGAUCUUAGAACUGGUUUCGAGACUGGACAGGCCCUGCCUUCAUGCUUUGGUCCUUGGCUUUAAGCACCCUUGCACGGGAGAAGAUGUGAAAUUCUCGUGUCCGCCGCCUCCAGAUUUUGCAGAGACAUUAGGCAUGCUUCGCAAACUCGGGACAGAAAAGGUAAGCCGUACGUAAACCAACUGCCUGCUUUUCAUCGGGUGUGGUCGCAUGGGGAGGCGAGAGCUGAGUUGAGGCCGAGAUUAUGGUUAGAAAUUGGAGGCUGAGAUUAGGGCCUUAUUCAGGGGAAAAAAAGGAUAAGGGUGUUAUUUCGUUUCCGUUGAAUAAAUUAUAAUCUCUAAUACAUUUCAA